CUGAUGUUGUUGCAUAAGGAUAUGGUUCAUUAGGUUUAAUGACUAGUGUUUUAGUUAGUCCAGAUGGAUCAGUAGAAGCAGAAGCUGCUCAUGGAACUGUUACUAGACAUUAUAGAAUGCAUUAAUAAGGAAAAGAAACAUCAACUAAUUCUAUUGCAAGUAUUUUUGCUUGGACUAGAGGUCUAUUACAUAGAGCCAAAUUAGAUAAUAAUAAAGAAUUACAUAAAUUUUGUAUUACUUUAGAGUAGAGUGUAAUUUAAACUGUAGAAAAUGGUAUCAUGACUAAGGAUUUAGCAAUUAUUGUACAUAAUGAUAAUAAGUAAUUCUUUUUUAUUUAUUUAGUGUUUCACGAACCAAGUAUGUAAAUACUGAAGAAUUCAUAGUCAAGGUUGGAGAAUAAAUGAAAAAAAAUUUAGGAAUCAAAGCAAAUUUAUGAGAGUAUAUAAAUAAAAUAUAUUAUUAAAAAAUAUAGUCA